GGACCGUAAGUUACCAGCUCAGAAUGGAAGUAACGUUUAUUGUGUCCAGUCAGAUCACAACGCGUGGAGAGAGGAUGUCUGCUUCUGGGGAUAUAGAGCAAUUUAUUGAACAAAACAGGCAUUUGUCAGACAUUGUAGAGUCAUUUCGUACAAUUUCCGAGAGCGACAAACACUGGGAAUCUAGGAGAGCUUUCAUUUUUAGAAACAUUAAUGACUACGAAGACCCUCACUUGGAUCAUCUUCUUGCUUUGUCAAUGGUGUGGGCAAACAAUGUGUUCCUCGGUUGCCGGUACAGUCAAGAUCUCCUAGACAGAGUGAAGGAGAUGGCUAACGGAAUUGUAGUUGAAGAUGCACCUGUUUUUAAAACCCGAGAUGAGAUCAUCAAGAACCAGCAAAAGAGGUGACACCAAAGCUACUCAUCAGGUGUUUUUGCAGUCUCUUGAUGAACCUGACCAGUGAAGAACCCAAGAAAAGGACAAAGAGGACAGUCAUGUCAACAGAUACGACGAUCGACUGGAAACUUUUAAUCUAGUUUUUGUCACAUACAUUUUCUAAUUGACUUUUUCAUUUUUUUUAAACUCAGACUAUGGAUCUGUAAUAGUUUUUAAAAGCCAUAACUGUAAAAUGGCUUUUUAUGUGAAUGCUGAGUCUAAAGGAUGUCACCAUCACUCAAAGUAAGAAAAAAUAAAAAUCAAAAUCAAAUUAAAA